GCCACACGGACACCAACUGAAACAAAGUAUUUCCAAACCAGCACCCAACUCCACCUUGUGAGGCUCCCCAGCAUGGCUUCCGAGGAACUCUACGAGGUAGAGAGAAUUGUUGACAAGAGGAAAAACAAGAAGGGAAAAACAGAGUAUUUGGUGCGAUGGAAAGGAUACGACAGUGAAGACGAUACUUGGGAGCCAGAACAGCACCUUGUUAAUUGUGAGGAAUAUAUACAUGAAUUUAACAGACGCCACAAUGAAAAGCAGAAAGAAAGCACAUUAACCAGGACAAACAGGACCUCUCCAAAUAAUGCCAGAAAACAAAUUUCUAGAUCUACCAAUAGCUCUUUUUCAAAGACAUCUACUAAAUCUUUAGUUAUGGGUAAAGACCAUGAGUCAAAAAAUAAUCAACUCUUUUCUGCCACCCAGAAGUUCCGGAAAAACAAUUCACCAUCUCUUUCUGGAAGGAAAAAUAUGGACCUUGCAAAAUCAGGUAUUAAAAUCCUAGUGCCCAAAAGCCCAAUUAAGAGCCGGACAACAGUUGAUGGCUUCCAGAAUGAAAGCCCAGAUAAAAUGGACCAUAUAGAGCAGGAUCAAGAUGACUCUGUAGCACCAGAAGUAGCAGCAGAAAAACCAGUGGGAGCUUUAUUAGGACCUGGUGCCGAACGUGCUAGGAUGGGGAGCCGACCAAGGAUACAUCCAUUAGUGCCACAAUUGCCAGUGCCAGUAACAGCCACAAUUGCAUCAGCAUUAACAAUAAAUGGAAAAGCAUCUCCCUGUAUUCUUCCCAGUGUUCUUUACUUCCUAUUUUCUUGUACAUCCACCUUUAUGGAAGCAUUAGCAGCCAAUGGUACAACCAACAUACAGACAUCUGUAACAGGAGUGACAGCCAGCAAACGAAGGUUUAUUGAUGACAGAAGAGAUCAACCUUUUGAUAAAAGGCUACGUUUCAGCGUGAGACAAACGGAGAGUGCGUACCGGUACAGAGACAUUGUUGUCAGGAAACAAGAUGGAUUCACACACAUUUUGCUAUCAACAAAAUCAUCUGAAAAUAAUUCACUAAAUCCAGAGGUAAUGAAGGAAGUCCAAAGUGCACUGAACACAGCAGCUGCAGAUGACAGUAAACUUGUGCUGUUCAGUGCAGUUGGUAGCAUUUUCUGCUGUGGUCUUGAUUUUAUUUAUUUUAUACGACGUUUAACAGAUGAUAGAAAAAAGGAAAGCACUAAGAUGGCAGAAGCUAUUAGGAAUUUUGUGAAUACUUUUAUUCAGUUUAAGAAGCCUAUCAUUGUAGCAGUAAAUGGCCCAGCCAUUGGACUUGGAGCAUCUAUAUUGCCUCUGUGUGACGUGGUUUGGGCCAACGAGAAGGCUUGGUUUCAGACACCAUACACUACUUUUGGACAAAGUCCAGAUGGAUGUUCAUCCCUUACAUUCCCCCGGAUAAUGGGCCUGGCUUCUGCCAAUGAAAUGUUAUUCAGUGGAAGGAAGUUGACUGCGCAGGAAGCUUGUGCCAAAGGACUCGUCUCUCAAGUGUUUUGGCCGGGAACAUUCACACAAGAAGUAAUGGUUCGAAUUAAGGAACUUGUCACAUGUAAUUCAGUUGUACUUGAAGAAUCCAAAGCUUUAGUACGUAAUAUCAUGAAAGUGGAUUUGGAACAAGCAAAUGAAAAGGAGUGUGAAGUUUUGAAGAAAAUCUGGGGCUCAGCACAAGGGAUGGACUCAAUGUUAAAAUAUCUGCAGAAGAAAAUUGAUGAGUUCUGAUGAGAUGCCCAUUGACACUGGAAUUGUAUUUCUUGGACAUCAGGGCAAACAAAAUAUGCCCAUUUAAAAAAACCUAUAUAAACUCACCCCUUGCUCAGCUUGGGAACAGGAGUG